CCACAGUAGAACUGUGUGGUGUCUCCUCCUCACUCACUCACUCACUCAUGACGAGUACUCAAGAGGACAUGGAACGGAGAGGAUGGCUGCUCUGCCUGAACUACACCAUGACCAAAAGACCGAGUCUUUUUGUUGACCCUUUUGGGUGUAAUAAACUCCUGAUGGCAUGUCCCAAAACAUGUCACAGCGAAGAGGAAUCACCUUGAUGUAAAGAUUGAGUGAAUUGCAGUGAGAGGAAAUGAAAGGAGGAACACAAGCAAGAGCAAGAAGAGUUCACCAAAUCAGUCGGCAUGAUAGUUGUCUCUUGACCAGAAUUUAAAGCAGCAGAAUGGAUGCUUCAGCACCACAUUGGCCUGCUUUCAUGAUUCUAUUAACCUCCAUCAUCCAUCAAAACUGGGGUCUGGGGGUGGCCUGUACGGGGAACCUCACGCUGGACCCUGGCCCACUGGUGGAAUGGGGGUCUUCGGUGAACGUCCUCUGCCAGAUAAAAGAGUGCAGUGCAGGUCCUCGAAACCCCUUCUCCAUAACGCGCAACUACAAGCCACUUGCGGGCCUUGUGCAGAACUGCACGACAGCCCGCCUCCACAUAGCCAACGUGACUGCCUCGGUUUCCCGUCUGUAUUGUUUAAAGGGAAGACAACUUGUCUGUGGAUUAGACCUGAAAUCUGGACAUCGGCCAGCCAAAGCGACCCAGUUCAACUGUUUCACACCAAUUAAGUCUGACACCAUCAACUGCUCUUGGACGAUGAAUGGAAGGGAACCCCACCUUCCAACAAACUAUUCAGUUAUAUUUAGCAGUGUAAAUGGAAGCAAGAAUUUCACCUGUCAGCGCCCAGAUUGCAGCUCUAUCAGCAUACCACGAACCAACCUCAGUGAGAUUACAAAGUACGAUGUGCGCGUGAUUGCGCAAAAUGCUCUGGGAAACUCUACCUCUGGUAUCUUCGCCUUCUCAGUCAGAGACGUAGAGAUACCCAACGCCCCCACAAUCAAACGGGUCAACUUCACUCACAUGAAUGGCUCCAGUUUUCUAAUCACCUGGAACAGCUUGGAGUCUUCUGAGCAUUUGAAGCACAGCAUUCGCCUACGCCUACGCGGGGAGCUGAUCUGGCAGGAGGGAGAUGCUACCGAGAGCAGCGGCAGUGGAGGUAGCGCUACAGUAGAGGGUCUGAAGGCGAAGGCCACGUACAUGAUCGAGCUGAGGGUGUGCACCCAAGUCGCCAAGCCAAAGUGUAGCUUGUGGAGUGCACCCAUGGGGGCAGUCACCCCAGGUAUUGCGCCAACACAAAAGCCUGUUGCCUGGAGAACAGUUUGUCACACAGAGAAGCAUGGUGUUCAGGAUGUGACUGUGCUCUGGGAGUCCAUGAAAUCUGGCGAUUUCAUAAUACUGCACUAUGAGGUGUCCUACUGGCAGCAUGGCCAGAGUCGGCGCGUACACUGUCCAGUCAGUGUCUCAGAGGUGCAGCUUCAGCUGCCCGCGGAGGUAAAGGAGGUCAACCUUACUGCGGUCACAUCAGCAGGGAGCUCCCCUCCGGCCUCUCUGAGUCUCACUCACACAAAUGUCGUGGCUCCCGUAAUGAGAGUCUCCUGCUCAAAGGAGGACACUGUGCUUCUGUCUUGGCUUUGGAAGAUGGAACCUGGGGUUGCUGGGUCUCUACUAGGAUAUGUCGUCCAGUGGCAAUGCAAGGACUCCCCGGUCCAAUGGAAAAGACUGUCCAGAGACUGUAGCUCAACAAAUAUCACAGGCUUGACACCAGGUUGGAGAUAUGAUAUGUUGUUACAAGCUGAGACCACAAGAGGGCUCUCUAAACCUGCCUUUCUGCAGGUGUACUCAAAGGAGAUAACACCAGGGCCUGGACCGAAGCCCUUUAUUCACAACAUUGGCUCAAAGCACAUUCAGGUCAGAUGGGAGGAGCCUAAACUUGAAGAUCAGAGAGGGUUCAUCACCCACUAUACCGUCUACAUCCGCAAGCACGGAACUGGAAACUGGAAACCAAUGUCUCAGGUUAACGCGUCAUCUCCAAGAGAGCUGUCACUGGAGAUUCUGGACCCUGGCUUUGACAUCUGUAUAUCAGCCUGGAAUGCUGCAGGAGAGGGAGAAGCAGGGGAGCAUAUCUCCUAUAAGCGACUGAAAUCAGAUGUGAAGAUUUGGGUGGUGACCGUUGUCUCCUUGGUGCUUGUAGCAUACCUGAUAUGCUUGAAAUGUGUUCGUACAAGAAUUAGAGCAGUGUGUUUAACACUGGGACCGGCAUGGCUUUCUGAGACAUUUCCAAAGGUCGGAAAUAGCAAUGCCAUCAAAUUGCUGAAGGACGAGAGGUGCGGCUCAGACUCGCUCUGGAUGUCGGCGUGCAGCGACAGCGACCCACCCAUCUCCCCCGUGGAGGACAUCGCGGAGCCCAUCGCCCAAGCGUUCCUCUUCCCCUCCGCGCGUGACGAAGAGAAAGCCAAGGUGGUCCGAGUGGCCAGGCCGGAGAUAGUGGAUCCUUACAAACCACAGUGGGCAGACUCGUGUGAAGUCAGCUCCACCUUGUUAUCCGAUACCCCUGAGGAGGCACCCGAGGAGGACACCGAGGAUGAGUGCCCACUGUGGGCGUGUCUCCCACAGCCCUCCUCUGGGAAGGAUAUUGGCCUUGGUGACGUGACAUUAGGAGGCUUCAAGGGCAUAGGGGUCACAGGGGACUUUCUUUGCCCCCCUUUGCUUGUCCCCAAACAGACUGAGUGGCACACAAAUAUGAAUGCUGGCAUGGGGGACAUGGGUGGCUUCUCGCUGGCCUUACUGACUGAGGGGCAGACUGUAUUGCCUCAUGACCUGCUGACCACUGGGUCACUACAGACAAGCCCUUACUCACCUCAGGGAUGUUGGCUUAAAGUUGCACAUAAUACCUAAUGGAGACUUUUGGACUCCAGGAACUACAGAGACCUCCUCACAGGGAGAUGUACUCGGUUGCGAGGGCACUUUGGACGAUGAAUGUACACAACUGGGAAAGCAAUUUCAAUUGUUGUCAUUAAGCAUUAUAUCAGAUUUGGACUAUUCAAAUGGACUGGAUGGACUAAUGUCACUUGAACUCUUUAAGACUUUAUGUAUCUGACAACCAAAUGCACUUAACACUUUCCAUCUCUGCUGCAUGUAACUGGAAACAUUAAAAAUCAUAUGAGCUGUAAGCACCCUUAGCUUAUAGUGUAUAUCUCGAGACUUAUCCCCAACCUAGCUCUCUUUUGGUUUACAUCUCACACAUCUCACCUUUGUAUUGUGAAACUGUAUUGUACUUUUUGUAAAGUACUUUUUGUACUGCUAUGUGUCUGCAGAAAUACUGAUGCCAAAACAAUUUACAUCGUCCCUGUAUUUAAUGAAAUACUAUGCAGAAUAACAGUUUAAACCACCGCAAAAAACAUAUUCACAUCAUGACUGU